AUGGCGGCCGCCGGGCGGCUGUGUGCCCUGCUGUGCCUGGCGCUGGCGGCCGGCGCGGCCGCGCUGGGGAAGCGAAGCCCCGUGAAGGUGCUGUCGGACGGCAUGUGGCGGGAGCUGCUGCAGGGCGAGUGGAUGGUGGAGUUCUAUGCCCCUUGGUGUCCCGCCUGCCAGAACCUGCAGCCCGAGUGGGAGAAGUUUGCUGAGUGGGGCGAGGACCUGGAAGUGAACAUUGCCAAAGUGGAUGUGACAGAGCAGCCGGGAUUAAGUGGGCGAUUUAUCAUAACAGCUCUUCCUACCAUCUAUCACUGUAAAGAUGGAGAGUUCAGGAGAUACCAGGGUGCAAGAACUAAAACUGAUUUCAUAAAUUUCAUCAGUGACCAGGAGUGGAAAUCUAUUGAACCAGUUUCAUCAUGGUUUGGUCCUUCCUCUUUCCUGAUGAGCAGUAUGUCAGCUUUGUUUCAGUUGUCAAUGUGGAUCAGGCACUGCCAUGGUUAUUUAACAGAAAAUGUUGGAAUACCGGUCUGGGGCUCAUACGCUGUUUUUGCAUUGGCAACUCUAUUCUCGGGACUGAUACUGGGACUUAUAAUGGUGUUCUUAGCAGACUGUAUCUGUCCAUCCAAAAGGCACAGACCGCCACAGUACCCUCAUUCAAGAAAGCUAGCUGCGGAGUCAGCUCAGCUGCUGAAAAAGCUGGAUGAAGAGCAAGAAGCAGAUGAGGAAGAUAUCUCAGAUGAUGAAACGGAGGGUAAAGAGGUGUCCAACAGCAACUCGUCACCGAAUGCUACUCCUGGUUUAACAAGAACUUGUAGCACUAACUUACCUUGCCUUUGCCUUCUGCACACCUACCUUUUCUUACUGCCUCCCUGCCUUAGGCAAGUAACCAAAUUCCAAAACUGCCUCUUAGUCGUAAGUGUUCCCAGUUGCUGGAAUCCAGCCUCUGCGUGGCAGACCUAUGCUUGUGAUUAGUGUAACUUCUGCAAGUUCUGUUUUGAUUAGCCAUAGGCAGCCUGUGUUUGCUGAUCUCUAUAAAUCUUACCGUUGAUAUUUUUAAUAAUGUUAUGGUUUUGUCCUGUGAAUAUUUAAGUUUCUUGGUAUUUUUUUUAAAAUCUAUGUACCCAAAAUGUUUACUGAGGCUGAGCGAAGGUUGCAAUGUAACAAAUGUGUGUAAGAGCCUGACCUUUGUGUGUAUUGAUGAUGCUUGAAUAUCAGUUUUGUAAAAGUCAGACUGCCCUUUCCAUAUCAUCACCUUGACCGAGCAUGUCCCGUUUCAUUCCAGAAGGAAUUAACUGUAAAAAUACUUUUUUUUAAUGUUUCAGAGAGUCUUCAAGUAAAAAAUAACCACCAGCUUUGGA